AUGAGCUUCAUCCAACGAAUCACGAAGAGGCUGCCUAGUGCGCCGAGUCUGCCGUUGGAGGACGUCCCCCACGAGAAAGACCGCCUCCACCCUAGAUUCGCCUUUUUCCGAAGGAGGAUACGUCUGAAGGGCAACUCGUCUAUUUCUAUACCCCUGGGUCUUGUUUUACUAUUUCCAUGCCUUGUAAUUGUCCUUAUUUUGCUCCUCUUCGUCCGACACCCUUCCUCACCCGGGGGGAUCUUAAUUCCAGCAGGCACUCCGCCUUCUAUCCGAAAAAUCAGCGAAAAGUAUGAUAAGGUCUUUGCGACGGGCUGUGAGCCCAUCGACACCGACCGAAUCGACAAGGCCCCUCGCGCCAAUGCUGCGUUCGUCGUUCUUGCUAGAAACAAGGAGUUGGAUGGUGUGAUCCAGUCGCUCAAGUCGAUUGAGAGACACUUCAACCGCUGGUGGCACUAUCCCUAUGUUUUCCUCAACGACGGUGACUUCGAUGAGGAUUUCAAAGCCACUGUCAAGAACUAUACCAGCGCGGAAGUUGAAUUUGGUAAAAUCGACAACACCAUGUGGGGAUUCCCCGAUUGGGUUGACCACGAAGUUGCCAAGGAGGGCAUCAGGAAGCAGGGUGAUGCCGCCAUCAUGUACGGUGGAAUGGAGAGCUACCACCACAUGUGCCGAUUCUACUCUGGACACUUCUACAAGCACCCCUUGCUGAUGAAGUACGAGUGGUACUGGCGUUUGGAGCCCGAAAUCAAGUACUUCUGCGAUAUCACAUAUGAUCCAUUCCUCAAGAUGGCCGAGGCAAACAAGACCUACGGUUUCACUAUCGCUGUCAAGGAGCUUCGAGAGACGGUCCCAAAUAUCUUCCGUUACGCAGCCGCUUACAAGCGCAAGAACAAUCUGAAGUCCAAGGGUCUCUGGGAAAUGUUCCUGGAGCAGCCCGAGCAACCAGAAACUCCCCCUGAGGAGCAAAAGGAGGACAAACUGCCGGAUGAAAUUUUGCAGACCGACCCUGGUGACCACCAUCUCAAGGACGUUGACCCAGAGGCUAUGGAAGGCGAGAGCUAUAACAUGUGCCAUUUCUGGAGUAACUUCGAGAUUGCGCGUCUUGAUUGGUUCCGCAGCAAGGAGUACGAGGACUUCUUCACCAUGAUGGACAGAAGUGGAGGAUUUUGGAACGAGCGGUGGGGUGAUGCUCCUAUUCACUCUCUCGCCGCUGGUGCACUCCUCGGACCUGGUGAUAUUCACUACUUCCGUGACUUUGGCUACCGCCACACUACCAUCCAGCAUUGCCCAGCCAACGCUCCCGCUCGUCAACUCGCCCGCUCCCCCUACCUCGAGAAGACUACCGAUGACGAGAAGAAGCGCAUCGAGGAAGAUGAGUACUGGGCCAACCCCGACCCAGUCAAGGAGAAUGGUGUGGGUUGCCGAUGCCGCUGUGACACGGACAUUGUUGACGUCGAGGGCAAGCAAGGCAGCUGUCUCAACGAAUGGGUUGAUGUGGCUGGUGGCUGGGCUUCGCCAUAA